AUGAGCAGUUUGGACCUUUUCUCGGUCCCCUCGACCGACUAUCAAUUGCAGGGCUACAAAAUGGUACCCUACCACAAAUUGAGUGCUAGCAUCACGCCGAUGAAGUUCUCGGUGCAGGCCUUGGAAGAUUACGUGGAUUUGAAUCGCAGUUAUUUCAUCGUCGACUUGCGUUUGUCCACGGCGGCCCAGAACGGUAUCGUGGCCGAUGCCAAUGCGGCCUCGGAUGCCAACAACACCAAGUUCACGUACGCCGUCAACAACCUGGCUCACACCAUCUUCAAGCAGAUCAACGUGCGGUUCAAUGGCACCCUGAUGACCGAACAGACCGACACCUAUCCCUACUCGGCCUUUCUCCAGACCCUGCUCAACUACAACCGCGACGAUGGAGAGACGUUGCUGGCCCCUCAAGGUUGGGUCAAUUUCUUGAACGUGACCCCGACGCUGGCCGCCGCGGGUGGCGACGACGACAUCAGUACCACGGUGGGCUGGGCUCACAAUAACAAUAACCUGCUCAAGACCUUGACGACCCCUUUCCGGGGCAACAACGUGGUCCGGAUGAUCAUGCGGCCGUACCUGCCCAUGUUCCACACGGGCAAGAUCAUGGUACCCGGGGUGGAAAUGAAUUUUGAGUUCCACUUCAACAGUCCGGAUUUCUACACCUUUGCGACCCUGACCAGUGGCACUGGCGUCAAGAACUACGUUCGGUUGCGAGAAGAAGAUGUGGACAUCACCUUGCAUUUGUGCCGAUUGAAUCUCAACCCGGAUGUCUACGGGUCCCUGGAACGGGAACGCAAGCUCAAAGAGGCGGUGGUCAAGUACCCGGUGGUGAGUGAUCAGAUUCGCACGUUCUCCUUCAACGGGGCCACCACCGUCUGGAUGGAAGAUAACCUCUUUCUGGGGAGGGUCCCCCAGCGCAUGAUCGUGGGGAUCUUGGACAGCACGGCGUUCAAUGGGACCAAAGAAAAGUACCCGUUUGCCUUCCAGAGCAAAGGGGUGACGUCCAUUCGACAGUUUAUCGAGGGAGAAGAGUACCCGUACGUCACCCUGGAAUUCGCCGGCAAUAAUACCCUGAAAGAUUGGGAAGGCUAUCGUCGCUUCUUGACGCGGCCGGGUCCGUGGCCAAACAUCGCGAGUUUAUGGUCAAACCGGACGAGUGGGGGCACAACAAGAAUUGUACCCUGUACAUGUGGAACAACGUGCCCAGCGGGAACGCCGAUAGCCCCAAACUCAAUCCCAAGCAGACCGGCAACGUGCGGCUGGAGAUCAAGUUCCGAGCGGCCCUGA